AUGACGAUUCGCAAGCUCGACCCAGCAUCUCUCGAAGAGUGGGAGAAAAGUGUUAGCGAGAAACUCGAGCCCCCCACGUUUGCGGAGCUUAAGGCGUUUCUCAUCGGUCGCAUCCACACCCUCGAAGCCGUGGAGCAGGCUCAUGCUCAUAAUCAAAUCGCGACGUCGAAACCGCACUCAUCGCAAGGAAGGUCAAAUCUUCAGACGACAAGGUCACAUACAGCGCAAUCAAAGGAACAGUCGUGUGCUUGUGGCAAAGCUGCUAACAGCGGCACAUCUCAAGGACAGGCUGCAGUAGCGCAACCUGCAGUGCAGAACGCACCAAUCUCGGAUAGCGCCUCUCAGGUGAGCAACCACUCAGCUCAGCCUACAAUGAUCAAGCGCUCUCCAGUUCUUCUCGCCACAGUGCAAUUAAUCGCCUCGAAUCCGGAGACUGGAGAAAGAAUCAUCGCUCGCGCUCUACUCGAUCAAGGAUCCGAAAGUUUAUUCGUCACGGAGUCGCUAGCGCAACAAUUGCGACUACGUCGGCAUCAAGCAACGAUACCGAUCAUUGGCGUCGGAGCUCAUCAAUCGGCAGUGACUCGCGGCAUCGCGACAUUGCAACUCCAAUCUCGUGCUCACACCUCGUUCUCGUGUCAGGUGGAGGCACUCGUGCUUCCACGACUUACAUCGUAUCUACCCUCAUUUCGACUUCUCGUCGAAGACUGGCCUCAUCUACGAGGACUCAACCUCGCGGAUCCAAGCUUUGCACAUCCCAGUCAAAUCGACUUUUGGAAGCAGGAAGAAGUGUCGAAACCUUUGGCACUAACUUCCGAAAAAGUGCGUUGUGAGCAACACUUUCGCGAAACGGUUUCUCGAACUGCGUCCGGUCGUUACGUAGUUCGGCUGCCGCUCAAGGACAAUUCGGUAGAGCUCGGCAACUCGCGGAAUCCCGCGCAUCAAAUGCUCCUUCGUUUAGAGAAACGGUUCGGUAGCGACGCGAAACUCAAGAAGGCUUACUCGAGCUUCCUUCGUGAAUAUCGUGAACUCGGGCACAUGCGUCGCGCUAUCAAUACACCUGAAGACAAUUCCCGCGUGUUUUAUUUUUCCCAUCACGGUGUAGUUCGCGACAGCAGUUCUUCAACAAAGUUGCGUGUCGUGUUCAACGGGUCUCAAAGAACCAACCUCAGACUCUCUAUCAAUGACAAUCUUCUCGUCGGUCCAAAAGUGCAAACCGACCUCGCGGACGUUCUCUUACGCUGGCGACAAUAUCCAGUCGCGUUCUCAUCAGACAUCGUCAAGAUCGCUCCAUAUCUCGCGAUCCGUGUUCUUCAUCAACUCGUUCAGGACGAAGGUAAGCAGUAUCCCUUUGCGAGCCACGUCAUUCUCGAGAACACGUACGUUGACGACAUCCUCCCAGGAGCAGAUGACGUUGAUCAAGGUCGCGAGAAAAUCAACGAACUCAAUCAAUUGCUCAAGGCGGGCGGCUUUGAACUUCAAAAGUGGACUUCAAGCCACCCAGAAACUCUCGUUGACAUUUCUCGAAACCAUCAAGAGAUCGCGAUGCAUCUGAAUCUCGAUCAAAGUCCAUUCUUUCGGGCUCUCGUUCUUGCGUGGAGACCAGACAUCGACGCGUUCGCGUUCUCUCCGCAAAUUCAUCAAACUCGGGACAAUUCCACGAAACGAAAAGUUCUCUCACAAACCGCGCAGCUCUUUGAUCCUCUCGGAUGGCUCUCGCCGAUCACGAUUAGAGCCAAAAUCUUUGUGCAGAAAUUGUGGGCACUCGGUUUCGACUGGGACGAGCUGCUCUCAGCUUCAUUGUCCUUGCGAUGGAUCGAGUUUCUACAAGAUCUUCAAGGCAUCUCAGCUAUCACCAUCCCACGAUGGAUCGGGUCAAGUUCAGCAUCUCUCGGGAUAGAGAUCCACGGUUUCGCGGACGCCUCUCAAAGUGCAUUAGGCGCAGUGAUCUACGCGCGAACGUAUAUCAACACUCACGAAGUGCGCGUUUCACUAGUGUGCGCGAAAACUCAAGUAGCGCCGCUAAAGAAGCCUUCUGUCAAUUGGCCAUCCUUAUCUCCGCGACCGGAAGAAAACAUUCAUCUCGAGGAAAGAAAAGGGCUGUCGACGCACAUCGCAACAGCUGAGCCGCAACAAAUCUGGGAUCUCGUCGAUCGCUACUCAAAACUAUCGACUCUCCUCAAAGUCACAUCAUUGUGCAAACGCGCAGCAAAUCGGUUCCUCGCGAAGACGACAUCGAAUCGCGUAAACACGUCUAUCACUGUCGGACCGAUCUCUACUCUCGAAUUGAGCGACGCCCAACUGUUUUGGACCAAGGUGACUCAGCAGGCGUACUUUGCAGAAGAAAUUCGCCAAAUCGAGACAAGCUCAAGUCUCACUCGAAGUCAUCCACUAUCGCGACUCACGCCGUUUAUCGAUUCGAACGGAUUCCUCAGAGUCGGUGGUCGACUGAAUCACUCAUUGCUUUCGUAUGACGAAAAGCACCCGUUCAUCUUGCCUCACGAAUCAUCGUUCUCCACAUUGAUCAUCGAUCAUCAUCAUCGGUUGACGCUCCACGGAGGUCCGCAACUCACUCUCGCUACAAUCCGACAGCGGUACUGGAUUCUGGGAGGAAGAGUACCGAUCCGCAUGUUUAUACAUCGUUGCGUUCCUUGUGCGCGUCAUCGCACCACCCUCAGCAGCCAACAGAUGGGCCAACUCCCUCAGUCUCGAGUCACGCAAUCAAGGCCGUUUCUUUACCCUGGCGUUGACUACGCUGGUCCAUUCUCGAUUCGAGCCUCCCGCGGAAGAGAAGCGAAAUCAUGCAAGGGAUAUAUCGUUAUCUUCAUCUGCUUCACGACCUCGGCUGUGCAUCUCGAGCUACUUUCGGACUACACGACGGAGGCAUUCAUCGCGGCGUACAAACGCUUCACAUCUCGACGAGGAAUUUGUGCCUCAAUCGCAAGCGAUUGUGGAACGAAUCUCGUCGGCGCAGACUCAGAACUUCGCCGUCUUCUCGCUGCAUCGUCAAAGGAGUUCGCAGAAAUGGCAAACAUCCUCGCAUCACACGGAACCCAGUGGCGGUUCAAUCCUCCCUCCGCGCCUCAUUUCGGUGGAAAAUGGGAAGCCGGAGUGAAAUCAGUCAAAUUUCACCUCAAACGAGUCAUCGGAGAAGCUACUCAAACGUUCGAGCAAUUCGCGAUGUUCCUCACGCAAGUAGAAGCCACGCUUAAUUCUCGACCUCUUUGCGCUAUUUCGGACGAUCCACGGGAUCCAAGUGCCUUGACUCCAGGACACUUUCUCGUCGGCUCAGCAUUGAACACAAUUCCUGAGCCGUCACUCAUCGAGGUGUCAGUUCAACGGCUAUCGCAUUGGCAACACUCGCGUCAAAUGCUGGAGCAUUUUUGGAAACGGUGGAGUACGGAGUAUCUUCAGUCCUUCCAAAACCUCUCGAAAUGGCAGACUCAUCACGGAAACAUCAAAAUCGGAUCCAUCGUUCUCGUAAAAAACGAAAAUCUACCUACAUCUGUGUGGCCCCUCGCGAAAGUGAUCGAAGUGCAUCCGAGAACCGACGGUCUUGUUCGCGUUGUGACCGUUAAAACGAAAUCCUCUGUGUUAAAACGUCCAAUCGUAAAAUUGUGUGUGCUUCCAGUGUCCUCUCAAGACAAUUAUUGA